AUGACAGGUAAAAAAGCGAGCACGAAAUCAUGGGAUAGUGAUCCUAAAAAUUGGGGUAAGGCCGUAAAACCUUUGGAGGAAAAAUGGAAAUUGGUGCCGGCUUUUUUGCAAAUAAAAGGUUUAGUUAAACAACACAUCGAUUCAUUUAAUCAUUUUGUGAAUGUUGAUAUUAAAAAGAUUGUGCAAGCGAAUAAAACAGUGAUUAGUGAUGCAGAUCCAAUAUUUUAUCUUAAAUAUUUGGACGUUCGAGUGGGUACACCCGAUAUAGAAGAUGGUUAUAAUAUAACAAAGCCAACAACACCACAUGAGUGUAGACUGAGAGACACCACUUAUUCGGCACCCAUAACUGUCGAUAUAGAGUACACUCGAGGAACACAACGUGUCGUUAGAAACAAUUUAUUGAUUGGACGUAUGCCUGUAAUGUUAAGGUCAUCAAAUUGUGUAUUAACAGACAAAUCGGAAUUUGAAUUGGCGAAAUUAAAUGAGUGCCCAUUGGAUCCUGGCGGUUAUUUCGUUGUCAGAGGUCAAGAGAAAGUUAUCCUAAUUCAAGAGCAAUUAUCUUGGAAUAAAAUGAUUACAGAAGAAUUUGGUGGUACAGUUCAGUGUCAAGUCACUUCGUCAACUCAUGAAAAGAAAUCCCGUACUGUGGUAUUAAGCAAACAUAACAAAUAUUACUUAAAACACAACUCAAUGGUGGACGAAAUACCGAUAGUUGUGAUAUUUAAAGCAAUGGGUGUAAUCUCCGAUAUGGAAAUUAUGUCGUUGGUUGGUGCGAGUAUAGAGACGCAAAAUCGUUUUGCUCCCUCGCUUUUAGAAGCUUGCGCUUUAAAUAUUUUCACUCAGCAACGAGCUUUAGAUUAUAUGGGUUCCAAAUUGGUCGUGAAACGUUUUCAGACAGCUGUUGUUAAAACUCCAGCAGAUGAAGCUCGUGAACUUCUUGCUACCACCAUUCUGGCUCAUGUGCCAGUAGAAAAUUUCAAUUUUCAAAUUAAGUCCAUAUACUUAUCGCUUAUGAUACGUCGUGUAAUGGCCGCCGAAUUGGAUAGCACUGCUUUCGACGAUCGUGAUUAUUAUGGUAACAAACGUUUAGAACUGGCAGGCUCUUUGAUCUCGCUAAUGUUUGAAGAUCUCUUCAAACGCAUGAACUGGGAGUUGAAAACUAUCGCUGACAAAAAUAUUCCGAAAGUCAAGGCUGCUCAAUUCGAUGUGGUUAAGCAUAUUCGAGCCGCGCAGAUUACUGUAGGCUUGGAGUCAGCAAUAUCCUCUGGUAAUUGGACUAUAAAACGUUUCAAAAUGGAAAGGGCAGGCGUCACGCAAGUACUGUCUCGUCUCAGUUAUAUUUCAGCUCUGGGCAUGAUGACGCGUGUAAAUUCGCAAUUUGAGAAAACGCGUAAAGUAUCCGGACCACGAUCUUUACAGCCCAGUCAAUGGGGCAUGCUAUGUCCGUCAGAUACACCAGAGGGGGAAGCAUGUGGCUUAGUUAAAAAUUUAGCAUUGAUGACUCACAUCACUACCGAGGUGGAGGAAGGUCCUGUGGUAAGAUUAGCUUUUCAUGCUGGCGCGGAAGAUAUACGCUUGGUCGGAGGGGACGCUAUUAACAAUCCAGAAGUAUUUCUUGUUUUUAUAAAUGGAAACAUUCUUGGCGUAACGAGAAAUUAUAAACGCCUUAUGGCCGAUUUUCGUAGGAUGCGUCGAACGAAUCAUUUGGGACCUUUUGUAUCGAUACACACAUCGCAUAUGCAACGUUGCGUUUACAUACAUACAGACGGCGGACGGUUAUGUCGCCCUUAUAUUAUUGUUAAAAAUGGAAGACCAGCGGUUAAGCAGAAGCACAUCGAUGAGCUUAACCGCGGUAUACGCAAAUUUGAGGACUUCCUUGACGAUGGCUUAGUUGAGUAUCUGGAUGUAAAUGAAGAGAAUGAUUCCUAUAUUGCCUGGAACGAAGCGGAUAUUGAUCCGGAUAAUACCACGCAUUUAGAAAUUGAACCAUUUACAAUAUUAGGUGUCUGCGCUGGUUUAGUUCCUUAUCCCCAUCACAAUCAGAGUCCACGAAACACGUAUCAAUGCGCUAUGGGUAAACAGGCUAUGGGGGUAAUCGGUUACAAUCAAAAAAAUCGCAUCGAUACAUUAAUGUAUAAUCUGGUUUAUCCUCAAACACCAAUGGUUAGGUCGAAGACUAUUGAGUUGACUGGUUUUGAUAGACUUCCUGCUGGACAGAACGCUACCGUUGCUGUUAUGAGUUACUCCGGUUACGAUAUCGAGGAUGCGGUAAUAUUAAACAAAGCGGCAAUAGAUCGUGGCUAUGGUCGCUGUUUAAUAUAUAAAAAUUCAAAAUGCACUGUAAAACGUUACGCAAAUCAAACGUACGAUCGCAUAAUGGGACCGGUCAAAGAUGCUCUAACCAAUAAAGUUAUUUUCAAGCAUGACGCUUUAGAUACUGAUGGCAUUGUGGCUCCCGGUGAAAUGAUCGUUAACAAGCAAGUGCUAAUUAAUAAAGAAAUGCCUGCAGUGACCUCAAUCAACCCUAUAGAGCAGACAGGGCAAGCAUCACAGAUUAAUUAUACAGCGGUGCCUAUCACAUAUAAAGGCACGGAACCCAGUUAUGUGGAAAAAGUUAUGGUUUCCGCUAACGGUGAAGAAGAUUUUCUAAUUAAGAUUCUAUUGCGACAAACACGUCGCCCUGAAAUUGGCGAUAAAUUCAGCUCGCGGCAUGGCCAAAAAGGUGUCACGGGUCUUAUUGUGGAUCAAGAGGAUUUACCAUUCAAUGAUUUCGGCAUUUCUCCUGAUAUGAUUAUGAAUCCUCAUGGUUUUCCAUCUCGUAUGACUGUCGGUAAAACUUUAGAACUACUGGGUGGCAAAGCUGGACUCUUGGAAGGUAAAUUUCAUUACGGUACAGCGUUUGGCGGAUCAAAAUGUAAAGAUAUUCAAGAAGAGCUCUUCAAACAUGGCUUCAAUUACGUGGGUAAAGAUUAUUUCUAUUCCGGCAUUACCGGUGAAAGUCUGGAGGCUUAUAUAUAUUCAGGUCCAGUGUAUUAUCAAAAAUUAAAGCAUAUGGUGCAGGAUAAAAUGCAUGCACGUGCUAGAGGCCCGAAAGCGGUGCUUACUCGUCAACCUACGCAAGGUCGUAGUCGUGAAGGCGGGUUACGUUUAGGUGAAAUGGAACGAGAUUGCUUAAUAUCGUAUGGUGCCAGUAUGCUAAUAAUGGAACGUCUAAUGAUAUCAUCCGAUGCAUUUGACGUUGACGUUUGUAAGACUUGCGGUCGUCUAGCAUAUUGCUCUUGGUGUCAUUUUUGUCAAUCAUCAGCAAACGUUUCAAAGAUUUCAAUGCCCUAUGCUUGCAAAUUACUUUUUCAAGAGCUAACCAGUAUGAAUGUAGUGCCAAAACUGAGAUUACAAAAUUACUAAUAUAACUUAAGUAAAACGUUACAAAACA